AAAAUUUCCAACUUGCUGUUGAGAAAGUGUGACAUCAAUUACGGUCUGCCCCUCUGUAAUCAUCAUGCACAUCGAAUCUUAUACAAAUUGAUUUCCAUUAUAUUAAAAUAUUUAAUCAGAUUGGUCACAAUCGAAUAUGGCGAGGAUAUAAAGGGAACCCAGCUACCAUAGACCGACCUUCACUCCGGUUCCGGUGAAGCUGAAGAGAGUAGCUAUGCUGAUUCCCUGCCUCUGGACAUCCCUGCCAUUGAUUGUCCUGGGCCAGACGUACUACAUGAGCUUUAUAUUCAACAACUAUGGAACCUCUAGAAUAAGUGCACCGCAGCUUGGUUUCGAGGGUACAUCGAAUCACAAAAUGGAUGGAGGAAAUCCAGAAAUCAAAUCUAGAGAGCAUUCACGCGAAGAAGAAACUCUGGAGGUUAGCUCGUUGGAGCAUUCACGGGAGUCCAAGAAGAUCUCAAACAGUAAGAAACGUAGGGAGCAGCAAACUCUUGAGUUGAGUUCCGAAGACCAUUCGCAGGAGAACCAUCAUAACUCAAAAUCCGAUGAAAACAAGGACUCCACCGAUUCGGAUGAGACGUUAAGAUGGUCCACGACAUCUAAAGUAAAGACUACAACUUUGAAGAGAAAAACGAAAACAACGACAAAUGAGACUCCCGAAAUGCCCACUGAAAUCACAACAGAGUCUACAAAGGUCACGGAAAACGUUAAAGAGAAAGCAGAAGACAUGUCAAGGAAAGUCCCAGAAGAAUUUUACACUGAGAACCCCCAGGAAACCAAAGAGACACUCAAUACAGAUCUACUAGAAGCCACGACGGAUCAACAGCAGAACCCGGAUGAAGUUGUGGUUCCUGCAAGAACUUGGGAGUCAGUGACACCUCAUCCCAGUGAAUUCUUUGAUUACCCUCUGGCCACGUGCCACGAGGACAUGGAUCUGCACGAGGUGUUUGGGAUUAGACUGGAGCGAGAUCGUGGCUUGCCCUCCAAGGUAUUGUGCAACUUUCAGAACAGCUGGGGAGGUCCUUGGCUCCUGAUGACGCGAAUAGAGCUUCCAGUGCGUAUUCAUUUGCGUCACUGGUACUUCGGCUACAUAACUCCGGACUACAAGGAUGUCAACAUUAACUUUCUGGCCCUGGCCCAUAUCAUGAACUCCAUGCGAACGGCCAUGCUGAUCAUUGGCCAGGACAAGAACAACAAGUUGGUCUAUAAUCUGUAUGAUGACGUGGUUAUCUCCGCUUUCAAUGAUCUGUUCAUGUUGCGUAAGGCCGAGCUCGUGGCGGCGAAUACCACGGAAUUGCUUUUUGUGUCCGUGGGCAAGGUGAUGAGUACGUUUGCAGGUCGAAAUCGAUCCUGCCCCUUGCAGGUCCUUGGCAGCUGGUGGGGCCACAAUGCGGUGCACGAAAUGUAUGACGGAUUUUUCUGUUCCUUUCCUACGGAUCGGAAUAUUUCAGUGCCUGGCUAUGUGGCAAUUUUCAUCAAACCCAGUUUGUUUCCCACGAAUCACACGGCUCUUUACAACCACCCCAUAUCCACACGACGGCCCUGGAAAACCAAUUACAGAACCGAUGCACUAAAUGGGACUCUUAAAAAUCCACCGAACAAGAAGAGGAAUCAAGCUUCAGAUUGGGAUCGCAAUAAGCUUGCUGUCCACAAGGAGCUGGCACGGCGUGUCAGGAUCUUUGCGACCAUCGACAGGCUGCGGAUGGAGGAGGGCAUGCGUCACAGGGGCAUAACGUAGCAGAAGGAGGGGUAUAGAAUUAGGGGUGCGACUUCAUCAUUACUCAAGAAGGGGAAAAACUUAAGUUUAGUAGGUAUUAAAUUCACUCAUUAGC